ACGCCAUCAUCAGCGCACCGCGUGAUAAGAAAUUCAGGCCGAGCGGAUCUACGGGAGCUGCCGAACAGAUGUUGCAAUUCCGCAAUUUCCUGAGCGCAUGUAGCGAGCAGUGAGUCCGAGUUCCCCAUCGUGGUCACGGAGUGGAGCUGAGACUCGCAGAGGAGUUCACAGACGGGAGCGUCGCUCCACAUAAUAGGAGCUCGCAAACUUCAGACAGCACCCCCUGCGUCACAACAUUGGGGAUUAUCAUCAGUUACACUGGAAGGGCGCAUUCAGGGGACGCCAAUUUGUUUAACGAACCGAUAAUCAUCACUGCUGCUGGUGGUGGCUUAUAUUUCUGUAGCAAUCGAUCCGCAUUGGAGUUCCACGGCUCGCCUCCACGUGUGGAGAAUUGCUACCGAUUAAGAUUACAAGCCAGAGGAAGCGUCGUCUCGUUUUAAUCGGUGACGGAACAGCUGCGAUGGCCGUGGAUUUAACGACCUCUGUGCCAGCAAUCAUCAUCAUCAUCGCCCUGGUGAUUUCAGGAGUCAUUGCUGCUGAUGAUGAGAAGAUGAAGACCAUGUGUGAGAAGGAGCUUUCUAAUUGCUCCAAGGAGUAUAACGUGUGCGGGGUUGAGGGGGAAGAUCUGUUAGUCAGAUGCCCACUGCCUCCAACCACGGGCCUCCAAGAUUGGAUACUCGUGCAACUAAUGCAGCUACCUCCAGCAGCUGCAGCAACCAUAGUUGGCAACUACUUCAGCAGUGAUCCAAGUGCUAAAUCAACCAACUUGUCCUUUGAGUUCACCGCUAUUGAAAUGAACUUUGCGGUGUUUGUCGCCCGGAAUGCAAACACAACACAGGAUGGAGACUACCGCUGUGUAGUGAUGAGCAACAAAAGCAAUAGCAAUAUUAAAACACACCUUCAAGUUAAGCUCUACAAAGCUCUGUCUGUGUCUAUAGAGAGAGAUGUCUCAGCUGAUGAGCGAGGUGAUGUCACUCUGUGGUGCAACAUCACGCGACCGGAGGAUGAGGAGCGUGUGUGUGGUGUCAUGUGGAUGCUCCCCUCUACAUCGGUGACCGUGAGCCUCAACUACUCACAAGUCUCUAGCGGAGUGCAACAGCUGGGCCACGUGAUGUACGAGGGACACUUGGACCUUAGGGAUGGUUCCAGCUAUGUGACACUCUAUAACGUUACACGAGCACACGGUGGCAAUUACUCCUGUGUUAUCAACACCAACGGCUCGAGAGGAACCGCCACUGGACGUCUUUGGAUUACUUCACCCAGUCCUACUGAGGAGACGCAUCCAAAAGAUGGCAGCAACAAAGAUUCAUAUUUGUACCUCCUGGUGAUUUUUAUUAUUUUGGUUCUGGUUUUCGCUUUCUGGUUAAAGAAGAGACGCAAUAACAAGGCCAACAAUAACAUUAUCCGCAGCGACCCUGAGAAUAAUUCUCCAUAUGAUGUUGAAAAUGAGGCGGGAAACAAUGCAACCCAAAACCGAGAAGAUGCUGCAAACAGCUCAAAAAUACCUACAGGCAACCAGGGUUCUGCGGUUUACGCGGUGCUGGAACAUCAUGGGGACCGUUUGACUGCGGGACAGGAGCCAGCCACCUGCAUCUACUCUCUCGCUGGUGCCGCCACGGCUGACCACACCACGAGCCCCGAAGGCUCCUGCCUGUACUCUGUGGUGAACGUGGAUAAUAAGGAGAGAAAGAAGAAGAAGACGAAGGAAAAGAAUGAACACCAGAACGCUUUGGGCAUCUAUUCCCUCGUCAAUGCGGGCAGUAGCUAAAUCAACAAAAACACCUUCACCAUAUGCAUAACUUACAACACUCCUCUCACCCAACAGAGGCUAUACGUGACAGACACAGAGCAAGAGGUCGCCGGGUGGCUUGGAGGUCACAGACGCUGAGCUGCCACAGCCCGAUAUUCUGCACUUCAUUUAUCUAAAUUUCAGCUCUGAAAUUUUAAAUAUUAGUUUGAAUGUCAUGCGAUAAAAAUAUAAUGUCAGCGACAGUGACUAAGAAGUGUUGCCCUCUACCAUGUGUGGACCAGAGUUACACUUCAAGAAAGGAUCUCAGAAGUAGCUGUGAUAUAUGCUAGACAUUCGUUUCCUAAUCCAGACUUUACAUUACAUAUUUUAGUGAUGAGUUUCGGAUUUAAUAUCAUUAUUAACAUUAAACUCUUAAGCACAAUUUCUGAAUGAUUAUUAUUUUGUACUUUCACAUUUUUGUAUUUUAAUUCAUGAACUGGUAAAUAACUGUCAUUAAUUUUUCACUAUCAAAGUUUUUACUUUUUUGAAUAAACAAUUGAAGUAUACUGGUUGGAGAACUCUGACAGCAGCAUUAUUCCUACAAUUAACAAACAUUUCAUACAAUUAGUUAGCAGUGGCGAAGGGCGUUUCUUGCGUCAAUAAAACAACAUUUGAAUGCUUCAAAUGCAUUGCCUUGAGAAACCAAGGCGAACAAGACGGUGGUCAACGCAUCAUCGUGCGGCACUUGCAGGUGUACUGCUGCUUCUGGGGCCGUCUGGAAUACUCUUCCUUCCGAUAUUAGGAAGCCACUGGGAGCUAUCGUGCACUUUUACAUAAUAAUCUAGAUUGACAAACUCGUUUCUUUAUUAAAUGCUUUUUGUGUUAAGUUUGUUGUCCUUCCUCCGCACCUCCGAUUAGCACGGUUGGCUACAUAUGGUGCAAAAUAAGUUCAACAUA